CUGCGCGGGGCCGGCCGCGGCCGGUGCCCGUCCCCUGGUCCCCCCCGGUGGGUCGGGCGGGCGGCCGGGCGGUGCCUGUGGCGGGCGGAGGGGAGUUUCCAGGAAGUGGCCAUAUUGGAUCCAUUCAGCCGCAUCCACCCGCGGCGGGGAGAGCCGCGCUCCCGCCGCCGGCGCCGCGCCAGCCCCGGCCAUGGCCGCCACCGACCUGGAGCGCUUCUCGAAUGAAGAGAAGAGGAACCUUUCCCUGGGGGGCCAUGUUGGCUUCGACAGUCUCCCCGAUCAGCUGGUCAGCAAGUCUGUCACACAAGGCUUCAGCUUCAACAUCCUCUGUGUGGGUGAGACUGGCAUUGGGAAAUCCACGCUGAUGAACACCCUCUUCAAUACCACAUUUGAGACAGAGGAGGCCAGUCACUACGAGAGCGCCGUCCGCUUGCGGCCGCGGACAUAUGACCUGCAGGAGAGCAAUGUCCACCUCAAGUUAACAAUUGUGGAUGCGGUUGGAUUUGGGGAUCAGAUAAAUAAAGAUGAAAGUUACAGGCCGAUAGUUGAGUACAUUGAUACGCAGUUUGAAAACUAUUUACAAGAAGAGCUGAAAAUCCGCCGUUCUCUCUUCAACUACCACGACACGAGGAUUCAUGUCUGCCUCUACUUCAUCACCCCAACUGGGCACUCCCUCAAGUCCUUGGACCUAGUGACGAUGAAGAAGUUGGAUAGCAAGGUGAACAUCAUCCCAAUUAUUGCCAAAGCAGACACCAUCUCCAAGAGCGAGCUGCACAAGUUCAAGAUAAAGAUAAUGAGUGAACUGGUCAGCAAUGGUGUGCAGAUCUAUCAGUUCCCCACAGACGACGAAGCAGUUGCUGAGAUCAACUCUGUGAUGAACGCUCAUCUGCCCUUUGCUGUGGUCGGCAGCACAGAGGAGGUGAAGGUUGGGAACAAGCUGGUGAGAGCUCGGCAGUACCCGUGGGGAGUGGUGCAAGUUGAGAAUGAAAGUCACUGUGACUUUGUGAAACUGCGGGAAAUGCUGAUUCGAGUCAACAUGGAGGAUCUUCGGGAGCAGACUCACACUCGCCACUAUGAGCUGUACAGGCGGUGCAAGCUGGAAGAGAUGGGCUUCAAGGACACUGAUCCAGAUAGCCAGCCCUUCAGUCUCCAAGAAACAUACGAGACCAAAAGGAAAGAGUUCUUGGGUGAGCUCCAGAAGAAAGAGGAAGAAAUGAGACAAAUGUUUGUUAACAAAGUCAAGGAGACGGAGGCAGAGCUGAAGGAGAAGGAGAGAGAGCUGCAUGAGAAAUUUGAGCACUUAAAAAGGAUACACCAGGAAGAGAAACGGAAGGUGGAAGAGAAGAGGAGGGAGCUGGAGGAAGAGAUGAAUGCCUUCAACAGGCGGAAAGUAGCGGUGGAAACCUUGCAGUCCCAAUCCUUGCAGGCUACCUCACAGCAGCCGCUGAAGAAGGACAAAGACAAGAAAAAUUAAUCACACACAGACUUUCAGGCCAAGAGGGGACUUGGUGCUUUCAUGUGUUAAGUUGCUUGAGUUUCCCACCCCGUGACCCUUCUCAUAACAUUGUGUGAGUGGACCAAAGUGAAAGAGAAAAUGAGCAUCUUCGGUGGUUGCAGUGUAACGACUCGCUGUUCUCUGUACAGGACUUGUCGGGAGGUUUUGAGGAAGUCACCUUUCUCUGUACAUUUUGUUAAAGUCAACUAAUCCCUAAAGUAAGAGGUUUUGUUCUAAACCCAAGUGACUGAGCAGCCAUCUGUAAAGCAACCAUAACUGUUUGUCUGAACUCAUCUUACCCACCAGCUAAAUAAUUGCUUUCUAGAUUUGUUGUUUUUCUUAAAUGGCUAAGGUGACUGCUUGAGGCUCGUCUUCCCUCCCCUGUACGUGCACAGAUGUGAGGAGUGGGAUGAAGAAUGCUGAAUCAUUUAUUUUUCUAACAAAAUUCUCAAAUACAUUUGUAGAAUGGGUAGAAAACCACAAUGCUUAGACUUUCUGCCCUGGGAAUCGUAGUCAGAGUAUCCCUCAUUCCAGUAGUUAUGUAUUUUAAUCCUGAAUUACUCUAAACACUUUCUACAUCAUUUAUAAUAUAUAUAAAUAUAUAUAUAUAAGAGCGAGAGAGUGGUUAAUAAUGUUUGUGGGACAAUGUUUUGAAUUUUCUUUACUGCUAAAUAGAACAUUUAUAUAGAAAGAUUUUUCAUAAGAGCUUGUUGUAUAAUGUGGAACUACAGGACUUUGUGUAACUUCACAGUUGUCAUUCACCAAUGUGUUUUACUGUUGUGGAAAAACUAUUUAAGGAAUCAUCUUUAUUUUCAGUCUUUAACCUUAAACUUAUUAUGUGCCUAACAAGGAGAACCCUCUGAUCUUGAUCUAUGCACUGUAUUUAUGCCUAUAGGCUCCGUUCCUCUUAGAAGGUGCUUCCUUUAACACUCCUCAAGCCUAGAAGCCACAGCCUUGUUUUCCUGGGCCACUGAGCUUAGGGGAAUAAUUCAGAUCAAUAUUAUUUUUUUUUCCACUCAAACCAUUUUGUGAUAAGGCAGGGUGAUAAUUGAAUAGAAGCUUAGUGGCUACGUUGUCAUGGAAAAAUAGCUGGACCCAAUUCCAUCCAUUGGCUAACAGGCUAAGAGAAGGCAAAUAUCUCAUAUUGACCCCCACAUGGCAUCUUUAUAGUUUAUAAAAACACUGGCUGGCUAAGUGUUAGUUAUGAGUGUGUGCAUUUUUAUUGAGUUAUUAAUGUUACAGGAUUUUUCUGCUGUGUUUUUGGGUUUUUGUUGGUUUUUUUUCCUGGAAAACUUGUCUCUAAGAUGUCAGCAAAUCCCUGGUUUGAUGUACAGAUGGAGGUGCACUGCCUGGUGUCUGAGCGGUACAGGUCUGCCUGAGCGCAGCAUUUCACUGGAUUGGAAAAUGAGGUUCUUUAACUUGCAUAUCCCAUUAAAGCAGCUUUGGGGUUGUUUUUUUCUUUCUAAUUACAUCCUCAGGUGUUAAACCGUUUUUGUAUGGACACUGACCUUUAAUAUGGAUACAAUGAAAAUGGUGUCAGUGUUUCUUGAUGCUUGUAAGGAGGAACCUCAUGAAGAUGUCACAGGUACUUUUUAGAACAGUUAUGCGUGCUUGUUAGGAGUCUGCUGAAAGCUGAACAUUUAAUUUUUAAGGCUGUGCCUCCAGGUUAGAUGUAUUUUAAAGAGUAACUGUCAAAUGUCAGGAGAGUUCCUGUGUUUUUUUUCCUCAGAGAAAGGUGCAAGGGACCCAGCCUAUUGUUACAUGCAGGACGAAAAUUCCAGCUCACCCCUGACUACAUCUCCAACCAUGUAGCAAAUUAGGGGCAAGAUCUUGAUUUUUGCUCAUGACAGAAACUCUGGUGCACUAACUGCACGAGUAAGCAGCACGGUGUGGUUCUUGGUUUUGCUUCUCAACGGUGCUACGUGGGGUUGGACACAGCAAUCACGGGUGACACUGGGUGUGAAAAGAGCCACUCACUGUCACGCUCUCAGUUGAUAGUUUUCCCCCUGAUCUCAUGCUGCAGCCAGUGGGAUCUGUGCAAAUGAUUUCUGUCUGCCCUGGCUCAUCAGAGAUCCACUCUUUUUUUCCUAGGCUGCCAAGUAGUUAAGAAUAAAGAUUAUAACAGUGAAUGAGUACAAACCUUCAAAUCCAUGGGCAUUGUGGAGAAAUUUCCAGCUUUUUCUGGUGAAGACAUUCAGAAUGUAUGUAACAACAUUUUGAUGAUGAUAUUACCUUGACUUGGUGUUGUGACUGACAUACCUUUUCCUUGCAGUCACUUGUUCUUUAGAGCGGUCACAUCAUAAUCUCCCCAAUGGACGCAGUCUUCUUUUUCUCCUCUAGUACUUGAUUUUUCUUUCUGGCUGAGACAAGAUUUAAGUAGGUCGUAUGUAGGGUAAUUCUGGAUCUUAUUUUUAUUUAACAAGUUACAAAUACAUGGUGAUUCUAAUCUCCCUCCAGUCUGAAGAUUUACAUCUCAUAGGCUAGAAGGGAAAGAAAAGCCCUUCAGAAAUGACUGGAGCUGUUCUGUUAUACACCUUUCAGCUGUUUCAUAUGUUUAUCUGUAAAAGGUUGGUAUUAACAGGAAAACUGAUCCAUUUUAAAAAUCAUUUAACCAUUUCCCUUCAUGUAUGUUGCCUGCUUUCUAAUUUAAAAUGUGUUUUGUGGGGCUCUAAGCUCUGCAGGUGCCCCGUCUGGCUGUGCUGGGUGCCCUGUGGUGGAGAUGGGGCGUAUGUCUCGGAGCACCUGGAGGGAGCCCGCUCAGGGGGAGCAGCCUCUCCGGCGGGCUGCAUCCCUUCGCUUUGUCAUUCCAAAUGUGUUGGGGUUUUGGUAUUUGAUUUGAUUUGAUUUUUUACUUUCAUUCCUUUCUACUCACUUUGUACUUUUUUUUUUCUUUUAUUAAAUCUCACAUGUAUUUUGA